AUGACUAAGGAGUUCCUUCCAGACAUUAAAAAGAGGUUUGCCAAGAAUGAAAAGGCUAAAAUAGGUACACUCUUGACAAGCCUAAUUUCAGUGAGGUAUAAGGGCAAAGAUAAUAUUAGGGAGUACAUCAUAGAGAUGUCUCAUCUUACUUCAAAGUUGAAAGCACUUAAGCUAGAACUCUCCGAGGACUUACUAGUGCAUCUGGUUCUGAUAUCCCUUCCGAUACAGUUUAGUCAGUUUAAGGUGAGCUACAACUGUCAGAAAGAGACUUGGUCUCUGAAUGAGCUCAUCUCAUACUGUGUUCAAGAAGAGGAAAGGCUAAAGCAAGAUAAGGCAGAGAGUGCUAACCUGGCCUCAACCUCUAAGGACAAGGACAAGGGAAAGAAAUGGAAGAAGGAAGCUGCAGAUACGGCACCUCAAAAGAAACAACAUAAGAAACCAGAUCAACCGGAAGGCACUGGAUGUUUCUUUUGUGGAGCUGAAUAG